AAGUUCCCUGACUUACGUCUACAAACAGAAAUGCUGAGUAUUUAUUUACAUUUCCACAUUCCAUGUUUUUGUACGUUUAGUUUUCAGUUUGAUUUUUUAUUUUAUUUUUACACACAUCUAAUUAGCCAACUGAACGGGCUUUAGAACUGGGAAAAAGGAGAUUUUAGUGACUUUGCAGGUAUCCAGAUGGCUGGUCUGAAACUGCUUGGAUCACACAACUAUAAAGAGAAUGGUAAAAAAAAAAAAAAAGAGAAAUAUCCAGUGACCACCAGUUUUCCGAGUGGAAACUUGAUUGAUGAAGUUGAUGCCAGAGGUGCUUUGAGCCAAAAUGAAGCAUUUCAAAUAACCACUGAUUACAACCAAGGCAUGGAGAAGAGCAUGUCUAAAUGCUCAACAAGUUAAAGAUUGAAGCAGAUGGGUUAGAGCUGCAGAUGACCACACCUGGUGCCGGCUGUGAAAGAUAAGGACAGGAAAGGGAUGCUACAGUUUGAACAUCUUUACCAAACUUGACACACUUUGAGACCUUUAGUACCAACUGAGCAGACUGGUUUCUCUGGCACACUUUCCAGAUCUUAAGCCAACAGAGCAUAUUUGGGAUGCGGUAGAACCGGAGAUUCACAUCAUGUUUGUGCAACAUCAUAUCUGCUGCAACUGUGUGAUGCUAACAUACUUUUAUACACUAAAAUCUCAGAGGAAUGUUUCCAGCACCUUUGAAUGAUCUAUGCACGCAGUUCGGAAAGAAAAAAGUGGCCCAACUCAGGCGUACCUAAUGAAGUGGCUAGUGAGGAUAUGUCAGCUGUUUAAUUUCCUUAAAUUCUAAUCCAUAAAUUGUAAUUAUUAUCCUCUCAGUUGAAUUUUAUGUAGUGUUUGUUGUAUUUCUUUCAAAACAUGUGGUUUGCAGUCUCAAUAGCUGAUUAAUGAGGAGGUUGAAUUGGAGCACAUUAUCGCUCAGCGUCUAGACAUCUUUAAAUAACUCAUGAAAGAAAAAAACAGAUUUCACAGCACCUCUAAAAGAUACACCAAUACCGGAUUAAUUUGCUAAUUUCGAUACUGAAAGCUGGAAAUUUGAAUAGAAUACCAAGGUUGUGAGAUUAGUUAUUAGAAGCAAAUACACAUUUGAACAGAGCUGUAUUUUUUUCUGUACAGAUCUAAUUUGUCUGUGGAUGUAAAAUAUUGUGAGAUCUGCAGUAGGGCCAAAAAUUAUUCCAUAACAAGCCUUAAGUACAUAUAAUAAAAUUUUAGGGGGAAAAAUACAGUACUGUGUUUCAUAGCCCUAUAUUUUAAGAUCCAUAAACAUCUAUAAUGCAAACUUAUGAGUGUUUAUUUUCUCCUGUAAUUUCUCACAAAGCAUUUUUCAGAUUUUUUUCUUCAAUAGAGCUGAAGCAUAAAAACUAGGGAUUUUGUGCUAAGCUGAAAGAAUAUCCAGUGACUACAUCAAUUUAAACAACUCAUAAUUUUAAGAAAAUAAAAUAGAGACCAAUUAUUUCCAGCAUUCACAUUCAGCAACCACAUGGCCCAACACUGCUGACAUUGAAUUUGUAGCCAGCACUCUGUUUUUCACAACAUGUACAAAACACAGUUUUUCAGUUAAUUAUUUUUUACUUAAUCAAAGCGUGCAGACAAACCACAUAAAAUUAAGAAAGCCUUCCUAAUAUUGUAUAAGUCCCUCCCACAUGUACUGAAAAAACAGCUCUGGGUAUCUAGUUAGAUUGGCACGAAGUUCCAAGCAUUUUUUUUUUCAGUUAGCCCUGCUGAGGGAGACCCCCUGCCAUCGGGGGGUGCCAUUGUAUUGGGGGCAUGACAUCAAAACAUAAAUCCCAGCUUUAAAGGUUUCCCAAAAGAGCAUGUCAUUUUGACCAACCCACCUGCAGUGCACAAACACAUAGGAGUAGACAAACACUGCUUACAUGAGUUCAAAGGGCCUCGGCAGUAAAACCAAUGUAUGUCUAUGAAAGGGUCUUAUGUUAAAAGAAACAUAUUUUAGCAGUUGAAUUACACUUCCUACAAGCAUUUAUUGUCAUCAAUAUCUAGUGCUUGGCGAUUGCUCUAUUUUGUAUGGCCACUCAUAUUUUGCAUGACAGCACACGUGAUGAGAUCAAAGAGCUUACAGCAGAGUGAACUCUGUCCCAGUGCAAGACUGUGUCACAUGGACUGAGUUCAUAGACUUUGCGAUACAAUUUCAAGGACUGGGCCGAGCCGGAGAAUUGAACAUGCCCCCCGCAGCAGCAACCAAUCUAGGCUACACCCCACCAGACGGAGGCUGGGGCUGGGCUGUCGUCUUCGGCGCUUUCAUCUCCAUAGGAUUCUCGUAUGCCUUUCCUAAGUCCCUCACCAUCUAUUUCAAGGAGAUUCAGGAAUAUUUUUCAGUUUCCUACAGUGAGAUUGCCUGGGUGUCCUCAGUCAUGCUUGCUUCUAUGUAUGCAGGAGGCCCUGUCAGCAGUAUACUGGUCAAUCGCUAUGGCAGCAGACCUGUGGUUAUAGUUGGUGGGGUCCUGGUUUGCACUGGCAUGGCUCUUGCUUCUUUUGGAACUAAUAUAAUACAUCUGUACCUCUGUGUUGGAGUAAUUGGAGGUUUUGGUCUCGCCUUCAACUUGCAGCCCUCCCUGACGAUCAUAGGCACUUACUUCCAGGUCAAAAGGCCCAUGGCCAAUGGACUCGCUAUGACUGGAAGUCCGGUUAUUCUCUCCACUCUGGCGCCACUCAAUCAGUUUCUGUUUGAUUCCUUUGGUUGGAGGGGAAGCUUCCUCAUCCUGGGAUCCAUUGUUUUGAACUGCUGUGUAGCUGGUGCUUUGAUGAGACCAGUCAACAAAAGCAUACCACGGAAAACAAUAGAUGAGUCAUCAAAGCGUGAAAGCGGAGCUGAGGAACACGCUGCUGCUGAAGACACCACUACCCACUCCGAUAACCUUCAGACUGAAGAUCAAAGUGAGAGCAAGGGUCACAGCUUUGUGCAGAAAUUCAUAGAUCUCUCACUUUUCAAACACAGGGGCUUCCUCAUUUAUCUAAUUGGUAAUGUGGUCUUGUUUUUUGGCUUUUUUGCACCUGUGGUUUUCAUGGCUCCAUAUGCCAAACAUCAAGGGAUUGAUGAAUAUUCAGCAGCUUUCUUGCUCUCCAUUUUUGCUCUGGCAGACAUGUUCAUUAGACCGACAACUGGCUUAGUUGGUAACACCAAGUGGAUCAGGCCGAGAAUACAGUAUUUUUUCAGUUUUGCUGUUUCAUACAAUGGCGUAUGUCACCUAAUGUGCCCACUGGCGUCUGGCUAUACGGGCCUAGUUGUAUAUGCUGUCUUCUUUGGUUUGGCAUUUGGGAUGCUUUCUGCACUCCUUUUUGAAGUUCUAAUGGACCUUGUUGGAGCUCCUCGUUUCUCCACUGCUGUUGGACUUGUCACCAUUAUUGAGUGUGGGCCAGUGCUUCUGGGACCUCCAAUGGCAGGAGCUUUGGUUGAUUAUUUUGGUGAUUACAAAUACAUGUAUUAUGCAUGCGGUGUAUUCAUGCUGGUUUCUGGCAUAUUUUUCUUCAUUAUGCAUUACUACAACUAUAAAAAACUGGAUGAGGAGCGCGGAAAGAGCAAAGCAAUGGAGACAAGGAAUUCUGACGAGGCAGUACAACUAAAAAUGAACCAGGCUGAUAGAACGAUGAAUGAAACAGAUGAAUGAACUUGCUGACUAUGACUUUAUUUCAGUGGAUGCAUACAAAAUGACACUACAAAGGCUUUUUAUGCAGUAUGUAAAUGUAUUUUGUACCUUAAAUGACUUAGUUAGAGUAGUUAGACUUUUACAUAUUUGCAGAUUCACAUUUGUUAUUUUGUAAAUGCUCAUAUUACGUAUAUUAUUAUUAUUACAGUGUGUGGCAUAUGUAACUCUCAUGGAUUUGUUAAUAAAUCUCCAGGAACUAACUAUGUUCCUUCUAAUGCAA